CGCGGCACCAACACGGACAGCGGAAAGACCACUCGUGAAGCUGCCUUCGAGGGCAUCAGCGAAUUCCAAGUUGAUAAUUCCAUUCUCCACGAUGAAAUAGCAGACUGUCGAGUCACUAAAACUGAGGCUGCUGAGGUGCUGAGGUUUGCAUCCAGAGUGUCUGCUGCUGCCCAUAGAGCUGUGAUGCGUAAGAUCCGUCCUGGAAUGAAAGAAUACCAACUUGAAGUCUUCCAACACCACUCUUACUACCAUGGUGGUUGUCGUCACCAGGCCUACACUAAUAUAUGUGGUUCUGGGUGCAAUGCUGCUGUGCUUCACUAUGGACAUGCUGGUGCUCCAAAUGCUAGAACCGUUGGUGAUGGAGACAUCUGCCUGUUUGACAUGGGUGCUGAAUAUAGCUAUACAGUGAUAUCACUGCUCUUUCCCCCAAAUGGAAAAUUCACAGAAGAUCAAAAGGUUAUCUAUAAUGCUGUUCUUAAUGCCUCACGUGCUGUUAUGGCUGCUGUGCGUCCAGGAGUGUCUUGGGUAGAGAUGCAUCGUGUGGCAUACCGAGCAAUGCUGGAGAAGCUGAAGGAAGCAAACAUUGUUCAAGGAGAUAUUGAUGAAAUGAUGAAGGUCAGUUUGGGUGCAGUGUUCAGCCAUGGUUUAGGACAUUUAUUGGGUCUCGGCCAUGAUGUUGGUGGCUACCUUGAGGGUAACCCAAAUCGUCCUCAAGAAGCAGGCUUGCGCUCCUUGCGAACAGCCAGGAUUCUAGAGGAAAACAUGGUUCUGACCAUUGAACCUGGGUGCUAUAUCGACCAUCUCCUGGACCAGGCUCUUGCUAACCCAGAGCAAGCUCGUUUCUUGGUUCCUGAGGCCAUUGCCCGCUUCCGUGGAUUUGGUGGAGUGAGAAUUGAGGAUGACAUUGUUGUCACAGCCAAUGGCAUGGAAGACUUGACUGGAGGAAGCAUACCAAGGACUGUGGAAGCUAUUGAGCAGCACAUGGCUGAAGGUCAAAGGGAGGAAGAAAUGUUUAUCCCUCCCCAUGCCCAGGAAAAGCUGGGUCACUAAAACAAGUUCUUGCCAUACUUUCAAAGGGAACAGUAGCUAAUCUUUCACCAAUGUACUACAAAAUAUGACCCAGAUUGUUACAGUACAAAUAAAAGUUUCCAGCAGUGUUUUCACAUAAUUAGCACAAAAUUUGAUACUUCAUUGUAUAAAACUAUAUAUUCUUGAUGAUAUUUACUUUUGUACCAGAUGAAUAGGUUACUGCCUGAUUAGUUGUAAUACAUAGGUGAGAAUUAACAUAAACUGUGGAAAUGAAACAUGUUUUCACAUUAUUUUGAACUGAUUUUGAACUGAUUUCAUGUCCAGUUAUUAGCCACUACUAACUUGUUAACGUCA